UCCAUCCUAUCUCUUAUUCUUUCUUCCUUCCUUCCUUCCAUUUUUCUUUCUUUUUCUCAUUCUUCCUUUUUUCAUUAACAUCCUGCAGGGUAUGGCGGCAAUAAUGCCAGCAAUGGUUAUUGUAGGCUUGGCAAAGACUAUCCCCACUCUUUACAUGGGGCUAACAUUGUUCUCCUUUGGGUCAGCAACAGUAGUACCUUGUCUGACAACUAUGAUCUCUCAUCACGGAAAUGCUGAUCAGAAGGGGAAAGUCAUGGGAAUUUUCAGAUCCCUUGGGGCCUUGGCACGAGCGAUUGGUCCUGUCGUGAGCUGUACAGGUAAGCGGUCCGUUCUGAUUGGCAGUCCAGUUGGACUGCACGCGAAGUUACUACGCCACCUUAUUUUAUACAUUAACUAGAAAUACUACGUGUUCCCCUCAAAAACAACUUAAAUCUGACGACGGAAAAACCGAAUGACAUCUUGUGAAAAACGACUGUAGAUUUUACCUUUGAAAGUCCCAAUCAUUGUCAGGAUCUGUUGAGAACGCCUGUGGCUGUUAA